AUGGCGAGUUUCUUGACGGCCUUUAACGCGCAACUUGUCACGUAUCUGGUGCAGCUACAGGAGUUACAGGAUAAGAAUCGAAAGCAGCAACUCUUUCAGCCUACGUUCUGGCUGCAACAAUCGGAUUUUGAUGUCGCGCGGGAGGUUUUUGUUGCGGCUGCUGGAGCUAUUGGACAUACAGUGACCAAGUUCUCACUUGUGUAUAGUAAAACACCGAGCAAAGAGCAAGGUGCGAGUAUCUGUGAGGCACUGGCCAACCCGUGCGAGCAGUUACUGGCUGCUACUACCGUUGCGCUCUUUUGCGGCACGGGACCAUCACUUGCGACAGAAAUUAUCAACGAUGCAAUUCGUCUGAUCAAGAGCGUGCACAACCUUGCAAAAACAAUUGAAACGGGUGACUUGACGCAUGUACCACAGCUCACUGGUCGUGUGUGGGAGUACUCCACGUCUCGCGUGUCCAAGUCAAACUGCGUGGCUUCAAAACGCAGCAUGCUGCAGUGCAUUACGAUGUUAAAUUCGACAAUUGACGAGCUCAAGGAGCUCCUUGAACAUGAGGAAGGUAACAGUCAAGCCACGGCGUUGGACGAGAUUGAGCAAGACGACGAAUUCGGGUUUGACUCGAGCUUGACGGAAGAAGAGCGCACGUUAUUUCAGAGUGGUCUCACGCUGCUGUCAAUGUGCGCUGCCAUCAUGAAACGUGGUGUGCUGACGAUCAAGAAGCUGACGAUCUCGAACGAUCAGGAUGAGUUCCUCAAGUGGACAGCCAGACUAGACGUGAGCUACACUUUGGCACAGGAUGCAAUCGUAGACUUUGGUGCGGCGUUAUACCCGCCCAUUGGCACCGACGAGUUAUCAGAAGCUGUGACGGAAUUGGAGACUUUUGCGACGGCUAUUUUAGUGUGUCUGAAGGAAAUGCCAGAGCUAGGAACUGCGGAAGAAGACGCCCUACGUAUCGGUGAAGCUGCUUUUGCCAAGCAGGUCAUCAUCGUGAAGAGUCAAAUAGAGGUCUCCCAGUAA